CACACAUGAUGUUUCAAAUGCUCAGUGCACGCUAUUUACUUCUCUAAUCCGUAGCUGUAACAUUGGAACGACACUUUGGAAUGUUUUCAGUCACCCGCGUAUUCCCAUACUAUUGUAUAUGCAAAGAUAGUGGACUAAGUUUUCAGUCAAAUGUCAAACAUCUACAACGAACUAUAUCUGAUGUUUCAAAGUUUUCUGCCUUUGACUUUGAGAGCAAUGGUAAAAUUUUCCUUAUAACAAAAUUGAAAAGUCAUUUUCUCCCAACGAUUUCUUUUUUUUUUUAUUUUUUUUACCCACAUACUCUUCACCUUUCUAUUUCUAGAAAACGUAUUAGAAUUCAAAUGGGGUUUGGAAGCGAAACCAUUGGUAGUAUUUUCGGUUCCACCAUGUUCUUCCUAAUCUUCUUCAGCUUGCUUCUGUCACAGCAUAAUUGUGCUGAAGUUUAUAAAAUAACUCCGUCGCAGCCAUUUUCACAGACACAAACCCUUGUCUCCCCCAGCCGCAUUUUCGAAUUGGGGUUCUUCACUCCGAAUGGUUCGGUUAACAAGUACGUGGGGAUAUGGCACACGAACAUAUCUCUGCGUAAAGUUGUAUGGGUUGCCAACAGAGAAAAUCCGAUUGCAGCUUCAGAUACCUUGGCUAAUUUGACAAUUAGUAGCAAUGGGAAUCUGGAGCUUGUAGAUGGGAAGCAAAAUUCUCUUUGGGCAACAAAUAUUUCGGUGCCAUCUAAUGGUUCAGCUGCAGAGCUUUUGGACAGCGGAAACUUUGUCGUAAAAGAUGAUGAUGUAGGAGCUGAUCCAUUGUGGCAGAGUUUUGAUUAUCCUAGUGACACACUUCUACCAACUAUGCAGCUGGGAUUCGAUAGUAAAUCCGGAAAGCGCAGUUUCUUGAAAGCCUGGAAAAGUGAGAAUAAUCCAUCAGCUGGCUGGUUCUUGGUUGGACUUUCACGGCAGGUUCCAUCACAACUGUUCGUUUGGAUUAAUGAAUCAAAACCCUACUGGAGAAGUGGGGCAUGGGAUAAAUCCAGGUUCAUCGGGGUGCCGGAUAUGGAUAGUCAAUAUCUAAGUGGAUUCACUCUAAAUGAUGAUGUGAACCAGGGAACAAAAUAUUUUUCUUAUAGGUUUUUUGACAAUACCCUUUCAUACAUUGGCAUCUCUUCAGACGGAGUACUGAGUCUUAAGGUUUCGGACAAUGGCAGCAACUGGUGGCUAAGCUGGGAGGCACUGGUGAAUCCAUGUGAAAUUUAUGGAACAUGUGGAGUUUACGGUGUCUGCAAAGGUUCUGAAUCUCCAAACCCAAAUUGCGAGUGUUUGAAAGGGUUUGUACCGAAAUCAAAUGAGGAAUGGAGCAAUGGAAACUGGACUGGAGGGUGUGUUAGGCACACCGAAUUGUUUUGUGAACAGAGUAACACAAGCAGGUCAUUUGCUUCGGGAGGCAAAGAAGAUGUGUUUUGGAAGAUGGUGGGAUUAAGGCUACCAGAUUUCCAUGAGCUUAUCGAAAAACUGGGGGCUGACGAGUGCAAGAUACGAUGCCUAAAUAAUUGUUCUUGUCAGGCUUAUGCGCAAGUUAAUAAUAUAGGGUGUUUGGUCUGGUCCAGUGACCUUAUUGAUAUACAAGAGUUUUCCUCUGGCGGGAACGAUCUUUAUAUUCGCCUAGCACACGGAGCAUUAGAUGAAGGAAAACCAGUAAAGCUAAUUGCCAGCGUCACUGCUGUUGGUUUUAUCAGUAUCUUGAGUGCCAUAGCAUUUGGCGUGCAGAGACUGCGUUCUAUUAAAACCGGGAACAUGAAAGGAAAAACAAAGUUAAUGCAGUUGAAUCAUACAAGUGAUAAGUCAGGUGACAAUCUUCAAGAAUACAUAAGGAAACAUGAUCCGUCGGAGCUAUUCAUCUAUGACUUUGACAGCAUAUUAACUGCUACAGACAAUUUCAGCACCACGAACAAACUCGGGGAAGGAGGUUUCGGCCCUGUUUACAAGGGUAAGCUAGAAGAAGGGAAGGAAAUAGCAGUAAAAAGACUAUCCAGUAGCUCGGGGCAAGGCAUGGAGGAGUUCAAGAAUGAGAUGCUGUUGAUCUCCAAACUCCAACACAAGAAUCUUGUUAGGAUCAUGGGCUGCUGCGUCAAAGACGAUGAAAAGUUACUGAUUUAUGAAUUCAUGCCGAACAGAAGCUUGGAUACUCUUCUAUUUGAUCCUAAGCGCAGAGAAGAGCUUGAUUGGGCUACACGCUUCAAUAUUAUCCAGGGAGUUGCUAGGGGACUUCUUUAUCUCCACCACGAUUCCCGUUUGAAGGUAAUCCAUAGAGAUUUGAAGGUUAGUAACAUUCUCCUGGAUGAGAAUAUGAACCCAAAAAUUUCAGAUUUUGGAUUGGCACGAAUUGUUGAAGCGACACAGAGUCUAGCAAAUACUCACAAGGUUGUGGGAACACGUGGUUAUAUGUCUCCAGAGUAUGCCAUGGGUGGGAUAUUUUCUGAAAAAUCUGAUGUCUAUAGCUUUGGCGUCUUGCUAUUGGAGAUUAUCGCCAACAAAAAGAAUACUAGCUUCUAUUGCAACGAGGAACAGCACGGAUUCUUAGCUCAUGUUUGGCACUUAUGGAAUGAAGGCAGGGGACUGGACUUGCUAGAUGAAGUAUUGGUGGAUUCAUAUUCGUCCUCAGAAGUAAUGAGAUGCAUGCACAUCGGACUCCUUUGCGUGCAGGACAAGUCUGAAGAUAGGCCUACCAUGCCGGACGUAGUUUUCACACUAGGUAGUGAGACGGAUCUUCCACUACCUAAGCAGCCUAUAUUUUCUUAUUUCCGAGUCUCUAAUCCUCAACCCAAAUAUUACAAUAUUUCAUCUGCAAAUGAAGAUACCAUAACCGUGAUCGAAGGUCGGGGUUAUAUAUCACCUGAAUAUGCAAUAGAAGGUCUGUUUUCAGUAAAGUGGGAUGUUUAUAGCUUUCAGGUAUUGCUGCCAGAGAUUGUAAGCGGCAGAAGGAACACUAGCUUUCGAUCAAAGGAACACUUGAGACCUAUUGCAUUUUCUCCCGCAUAUUCCCAUACUAUUGUAUAUGCAAAGAUAGUGGACUACGUUUUCAGUGAAAUGUCAAACAUCUACAACGAACUAUAUCUGAUUUUUCAAAGUUUUCUGCCUUUGACUUUGAGAGCAAUGAAUUCAAAUGGUGUUUGGAAACGAAACAGUAUUUUCGGUUCCACCAUGUUCUUCCUAAUCUUCUUCAGCUUGCUUCUGUCACAGCAUAAUUGUGCUGAAGUUUAUAAAAUAACUCCGUCGCAACCAUUUUCACAGACACAAACCCUUGUCUCCAGCCGCAUAUUCGAAUUGGGGUUCUUCACUCCGAAUGGUUCGGUUAACAAGUACGUGGGGAUAUGGCACACGAACAUAUCUCCGCGUAAAGUUGUAUGGGUUGCCAACAGAGAAAAUCCUAUUGCAGCUUCAGAUACCUUGGCUAAUUUGACAAUUAUUAGCAAUGGGAAUCUGGAGCUUGUAGAUGGGAAGCAGUAUUCUCUUUGGUCAACAAACAUUUCGGUGCCAUCUAAUGGUUCAGCUGCAGAGCUUUUGGACACCGGAAACUUUGUCGUAAAAGAUGAUGAUGUAGGAGCUGAUCCUUUGUGGCAGAGUUUUGAUUAUCCUAGUGACACACUUCUACCAACUAUGCAGCUGGGAUUCGAUAGUAAAUCCGGAAGGCGUAGUUUCUUGAAAGCCUGGAAAAGUGAGAGUGAUCCAUCAGCUGGCUGGUUCUUGGUUGGACUUUCACGGCAGGUUCCAUCACAACUGUUCGUUUGGAUUAAUGAAUCAAAACCCUACUUGAGAAGUGGGGCAUGGGAUAAAUCCAUGUUCAUCGGGGUACCGGAUAUGGAUAGUCAGUAUCUAAGUGGAUUCACUCUAAAUGAUGAUGUGAACCUGGGAACAAAAUAUUUUUCUUAUAGGUUUUUUGACACUACCCUUUCAUAUAUUGGCAUCUCUUCAGACGGAGUACUGAGUCUUAAGCUUUCGGACAAUGGCAGCAACUGGUGGCUAAGCUGGGAGGCACUGGUGAAUCCAUGUGAAAUUUAUGGAACAUGUGGAGUUAACGGUGUCUGCAAAGGUUCUGAAUCUCCAAACCCAAAUUGCGAGUGUUUGAAAGGGUUCGUACCGAAAUCAAAUGAGGAAUGGAGCAAUGGAAACUGGACUGGGGGGUGUGUUAGGCACACCGAAUUGUUUUGUGAACAGAGUAACACAAGCAGGUCAUUUGCUUCGGGAGGCAAAGAAGAUGUGUUUUGGAAGAUGGCGGGAUUAAGGCUACCAGAUUUCCAUGAGCUUAUCGAAAAACUGGGGACUGACGAGUGCAAGAUACGAUGCCUAAAUAAUUGUUCUUGUCAGGCUUAUGCGCAAGUUAAUAAUAUAGGGUGUUUGGUCUGGUCCAGUGACCUUAUUGAUAUACAAGAAUUUUCCUCUGGUGGGAACGAUCUUUAUAUUCGCCUAGCACACGGAGCAUUAGAUGAAGGAAAGCCAGUAAAGCUAAUUGUCAGCGUCACUGCUGUUGGUUUUAUCAGUAUCUUGAGUGCCAUAGCAUUUAGCGUGCAGAGACUGCGUUCCAUUAAAACCAGGAACAUGAAAGGAAAAACAAAGUUAAUGCGGUUGUAUCAUACAAGUGAUAAUUCAGGUGACAAUCUUCAAGAAUACAUAAGAAAACAUGAUCCAUCGGAGCUAUUCAUCUACGACUUUGACAGCAUAUUAACUGCUACAAAUAAUUUCAGCACCACGAACAAACUCGGGGAAGGAGGUUUCGGCCCUGUUUACAAGGGUAAGCUAGAAGAAGGGAAGGAAAUAGCAGUAAAAAGACUAUCCAGUAGCUCGGGGCAAGGCAUGGAGGAGUUCAAGAAUGAGAUGCUGUUGAUCUCCAAACUCCAACACAAGAAUCUUGUUAGGAUCAUGGGCUGCUGCAUCAAAGACGAUGAAAAGUUACUGAUUUAUGAAUUCAUGCCGAACAGAAGCUUGGAUACUCUUCUAUUUGAUCCUAAGCGCAGAGAAGAGCUUGAUUGGGCUACACGCUUCAAUAUUAUCCAGGGAGUUGCUAGGGGACUUCUUUAUCUCCACCACGAUUCCCGUUUGAAGGUAAUCCAUAGAGAUUUGAAGGUUAGUAACAUUCUCCUGGAUGAGAAUAUGAACCCAAAAAUUUCAGAUUUUGGAUUGGCACGAAUCGUUGAAGCGACACAGAGUCUAGCAAAUACUCACAAGGUUGUGGGAACACGUGGUUAUAUGUCUCCAGAGUAUGCCAUGGGUGGGAUAUUUUCUGAAAAAUCUGAUGUCUAUAGCUUUGGCGUCUUGCUAUUGGAGAUUAUCGCCAACAAAAAGAAUACUAGCUUCUAUUGCAACGAGGAACAGCACGGAUUCUUAGCUCAUGUUUGGCACUUAUGGAAUGAAGGCAGGGGACUGGACUUGCUAGAUGAAGUAUUGGUGGAUUCAUAUUCGUCCUCAGAAGUAAUGAGAUGCAUGCACAUCGGACUCCUUUGCGUGCAGGACAAGUCUGAAGAUAGGCCAACCAUGCCGGACGUAGUUUUCACACUAAGUAGUGAGACGGAUCUUCCACUACCUAAGCAGCCUAUAUUUUCUUAUUUCCGAAUCUCUGUCUCUAAUCCUCAACCCAAAUAUGACAAUAUUUCAUCUGCAAAUGAAGAUACCAUAACCGUGAUCGAAGGUCGGUAAGCAAUAGAACGUUGUUACAUCACAAUGCAAUGGAUUUUGGUGAUUGCACGUGUAAGUAUAAGUAGGGUUAUUGCACCUGUAAAAGUUCUGCAGCUUGUAGACCGCAAAAUCUGCUAUUUAGUACACGGCGAUGGAUUAUUAUCCUCAAACAAUUUCACAAUUUCAAUGGUAGACUGAGGUGACAGAUAAUCGAAACAUUUUGUUCAAUGAA